AUGGAGCUCCCCUACGUAACCCUCGACGUCUUCACCCGCACCCGCUUCCGCGGCAACCCCCUCGCCGUCGUCACCAUCCCCGCCUCGGGCCCCAAACCAACCCAGGACCAGAAACAAGCCAUUGCCCGCGAGUUCAACUUCUCCGAGACAAUCUUCAUCCAUGACGUCGCCGACCCCGCCACAGACACCUCGCGCCAGAUCGACAUCUUCCUCACCACCGCCGAAAUCCCCUUCGCCGGCCACCCGACCAUCGGCGGCGCCAUCACGCUGCUGCCCCAGGGCGUCACCCAGAUCGUCACAAAGGCCGGCCCCAUCCCCGUCACCCAGACCGGCCCGGACUCGGUGUCCAUUGCCGUGCCGCACAACGUCCACCUGCACGCCGCCAGCCUCGCCAAGUAUCCCGGCCUCGAGCCCGCCGUCCACCUCCAGCGCAAUGAGACCAUCCGCCAGCUGGAGCUCACGGCGCCCGUCUUCAGCCUCGUCAAGGGCAUGACCUUUGUCCCCAUCGAGCUGUCGUCGCUGGAGCUGCUCGCCGCCGUCAACGUCAGCAGCAUGGAGUUCAAGGCCGACAACUUCCUCGACGCCGACUGGCAGCAAGGCUUUGUCGGCCGCUUCUACUAUGUUCGCACGGGCACCUCGACCACCAAAGACGGCAUCCCUGUGAUCCAGCUGCGCACUCGUAUGGUGGCCCAUGACCUGGAGGAUCCUGCCACUGGAUCGGCUUCGGGCUGCCUGGCUUCCUACCUGAGCAUCCAUGGAGAGGAUAAGCAGACAACCCCAGUAAGGCGGUACGAAUUCACCCAGGGCGUGGAGAUGGGCAGGGAGAGCUCCAUCGUGGUCGAUGUCAGUCUCAAAGAUGGUGCUCUUGAUACAGUCACACUUGCUGGAUCGGCAGUCCAAGUCAUGCGUGGACAUGUUACCAUUUAG